GAAUCCCUGAUGGAAUGAUUGGGGCAGAGCGAUUAUCGCCUGACGAAUCAUCGCUCUGAGCAGCCAUCAUUCAUAAUCGGUAUUCUAUAAACGGCAAGGCAUACCCGCUGAGAAAUACACCAGCUUCGAUAGCUUCCGUUGGACUGGACCAUCUCGGGAUGGUUGUUGUAGCUUAUUGGUGAUGGGCUGAUUCCGUUGUAACCUGUAACACAUUUAAGAAAAAAAUACAAUGGCAUCUCACAAUUUCCCCUUUGUCUGUCCGACUCUCGAGUCUAGUUUCUCUAUCUGUCGAUUUAUUUUCUUACGUCUUGUGCUUCGUGUCUCAAUUCAUAGUCUCCAAAAGUUCUCAGGCUACUACCGAUCGAUGAGCUCACUUAUUGGCCUCUCGGUAGCAUUCCAGGCUAUCCAACGCACAUAUACAUACAAGAUAUAGGUGCGGUAGUGAGUUACUAUGGGAUUAUUCGGUCGGUCCAAGAAGAAUCCAUCACCAGAUGGUCCGCCAUCUAAGGUCGACCACUUUAAGUCGUCGAAUCCGUCACGAUCCGAAGUACCACCACCACAAUAUCAACCUCGUGAUGGACUAUACCAAACACCAGUUCCUAGCCAACCCGCAGGCUUUCUUCCCCCGCCACCGUUGCCGGCACCACCUGGUUGGAACAACACUCUACCUCCCGGAUCCGUUCCUCAGUACCAUGACCCAAGAUCAUAUCUACCUAUUGUCGUAAAUCAACAUUACUACUUAGGGCCACCAGCUCUUCCUCCCCCACCGGCAAAUCCAUAUCCUCACGGCAAAGGGGCAUGUACCGCGAGCAGACUGAAACUCGGCCCGGUCGUGAACAUAGCAAGUGAAAUGAUGCCAGGAAAUCUUGGUCAUCAAAUAUUCGACGAUGGUCUUCCAAGAUGGCAUGGUUACGGCACUCAGUUACUUAAUCAAAGUGCCGCAAUGUAUGACCAAAUAUGUAGCAGUUUCAAUGAUGUAAUGACAUUGAUCGACCGGGAUAAGUAUAUUGGAAACGAGAAUGAUCUAUUCAUGUAUCAGUCCAAUCACAUACCACCUCCUCCUAUUGAGCCGCCACAGCAAAUCGUCCUACAUAAGGGGACAUCCAAGAAAAGUCAUAAGAAGGAAGCAUCAAAAGAGACUUCGAAAGCGCAAGCGAGUGCGAUAGCUUCAUCACUUGCUUCACGAGGCUACUUCGCUAAAGUAGAAUUAUAUGCGAACUCGAAGCUACCUCAAAAUCUACCUCCCCUUCGUCUACACAUCCCAACGUAUCCCCUCAUAUGUCUUGCAGCGAAAUACUCCGAAAGGGUAUAUGAGAACCCACGGGGUGCGGAACGGGAUGCUCAUGUUGAUGCCGAUUGGAGGACUGGAACAAAAGCGAUGCGAAUCAAGUCCGUCCCCAUGGAUGAUAUGGAUACCAUAGUCUUUGCAGUCCGGGGAACAGCGACGUUCAUGGAUUGGUCUGUAAAUUUAAACACGGCACCAACGGCACCUACCGGCUUCUUAGACGAUCCCAACAAUUUCUGUCAUGCAGGUUUUCUGUCAGUGGCGCGAAAGAUGAUCUCCCCGGUAGCAGCCAGGCUUCGCCAUCUUUUAGAAGAAGAUCCACGACGAUGUUCCUACUCGCUUCUCAUCACCGGCCACUCAGCCGGUGGUGCCGUCGCAUCUCUUCUAUAUGCGCAUAUGCUAUCCACGUCCAAAGCUGCAUCCUCGGAGCUCAACAUCCUAACAGGUUGCUUUAAGAGAGUGCACUGCAUCACAUUUGGAACGCCCCCCGUUUCUCUUUAUCCUUUACAGAAACCCUCGAAAUCUGAGCUUAGGAAAUUCGUAUUUAUGACUUUCAUCAACGAAGGGGAUCCAGUCGCGCGAGCCGAUAAGGCUUAUGUAAAGAGUCUUCUCGAACUCUUCGUGGCCCCGGCACCAGCAGAAGAACCUAAGGGGUCGAGCAAACAUCUUCCACCUCCGAAAAACUCAUCUUCGAAGCACAGUAAGCGACAUGGAAAUAAUUCCAGCGCAUCUCUCGCCUCGAAAACAUCCAAGACUUCUGAGAAGUCUUGUCGCUCUUCAUCUCACUCAUCUUCGAGGUCAAGCAAAUCCAAACCUUCAGGUCCGAUAUGGAAAGUUCCUUCAAGCACCUUAAGCAAUGCCGGACAGAUCGUCGUCUUAAGGUCAGGCGACACGAACUCGAAACCCAAGCGAGCGAAAACUGUCGAGGAAAGAUUAAGUGAGGGAGUUGUUGCCCAUAUAGCUACCGACGAACAGCUACGCGGUCUUAUUUGGGGCGAUCCUGUCUGCCACGUUAUGAAGUUAUAUAUUGGUCGAGUCGAGAGACUUGCGGUUGAGGCCGUUACCGCGAAGGGACAUUAGAAUUCAGGACGAAGCAUGCAUGAAUCAAUCACGCAAACAUUGACAUUUUAUUACAGAACAACUCAACUUGACACGACAUUAUGAUGUAUUACGAUAUUUGAUCUCUACUUUGGCGUUGGGAUAUGAUACCACAUUGGGUGGGGUUUUUGAUUCUCGGUAGAACCAGAGAUAUUUCAUUUCGAUACCUAUUUGGUUGGUUACCUUUCAAUUCUACGAUACAUUUCAGGCAAUCAUCAACGUACAACACUCUGGGAGUGUUUUUCACGACUUGGAGGCAUUACGAUAGUUGGACGACUGGAUCUAAUUGGAUGGUACGAUUCGCAUUUGCAGAAGUUCAUCAUCGUGUCACAAGUUUGGGAGGGAGGAUUGGAUCAGAGAGAAGAAACAUUGGAGAAGUUUAAGGGGAAGAGAGAAAACUUAGGUGGAUGGAUGGAGGUCACAAGCAAAGAAGACGUAGAGG